AUGUCUCGAAAACGCGCAUGUCAUUCACCUCCACCCGUGAUGCGGACGCGAAGUGUGCCGCAAGAUCUACCAAGCAACUACAAAUACAUUCCUGGAUUAUCCGACCGACAGCGGGUAGAUAUGGUGCUACAGCAGCUGCAUGAGCAGCAUCGCUGGGGCCUCAAAUCCUUCCAUUACCACCUGGUAACGGCGCAGCCUGAAGAGAAACAUGCCUGGUCAACUGAGUACCGGGCACGGAAGCUAUUUGAAGCCAUAUAUGAGCAAGAGGAGGUGAUGGCUGAACUGCACAAGGUCCCUGAGAAUGCUGAGUCAUUAAGGCACUCAAAGCUGGUCGGGCUCAUUCGCAAAGAGCUUGCCCAGUUUGAUAAACCUGAAGUUGGGCUUGGUCAAUUCGUCACAGAUGAGACAGUCGAUCAACUGCAUAUGCCUGAGAUGGCUUCACGUGUGCGAUCCACUGCUCCUACCUUAUGGGCUCUCCUUGUCUGUAUCAUGACACAGCAGCGUCCAAGUGCUCGUGAUACAUCUCAGGAGUAUCAGGGCAGUAUCUUUAUGAUUUGCACGAUGUUGGCCUCAGCCUUUGCUCCCCGGACCUGUAAUAAAUUCCUUGUCCUGCUUGGUCUCCAUUUACAUUCUAUGGGUGUGAAACGGCGUACGAUCAAUCUUCUUCAUGGCUUGGGGGUUACUCCUCAUUACACGACAAUCAUGAGUCGACGCAGUGAACUAGUUCAGUUAGGGAAGGUUGUCCAAUAA